AAAAUCUGAAGAUAAAAUAGAGCAGCAUAUUUAUAAUUUUCCAUUGAAAACUUGCAGAGCAAACAGAGAGAUCUGAGAAGAAGAUGAGUGAAGAAAACAAACUGAUACUACACGGAACAUGGAGUAGCCCUUAUUAUAAGACGGUGGAAUUAGCUCUGAAACUCAAGGGUAUACCCUUUGAAUAUGUAGAAGAAGAUUUGAAGAACAAAAGCCAGAAAAUCCUCACUUACAAUCCUGUCUACAAGAAGAUCCCAGUUCUUGUUCACACCGGCAAACCCAUUUCAGAAUCCCUUGUCAUCGUUGAAUACGUCGAUGAAACUUGGAAAAAUGGUCCUCCCCUCCUCCCCCAAAAUCCCUACUCAAGAGCUCAAGUUCGCUUCUGGGUCAGCUUCAUCCGAGAUCAGCUUUAUAAGACUAUGUUUGCAGUAAUCCAGACCCAAGGAGAAGAACAAGAGAAAGCUGUUGAGGAGUUAUUGGAGAAACUUGGAGUUCUUGAGGAUGGAUUGAAAGAGUUUUUCCCAAAUAUUGGCAACUUAUCGUUUGGAAAUGGCAAACCCAUUUCAGAAUCCCUUGUCAUCCCAGUUCUUGUUCACACCGGCAAACCCAUUUCAGAAUCCCUUGUCAUCGUUGAAUACGUCGAUGAAACUUGGAAAAAUGGUCCUCCCCUCCUCCCCCAAAAUCCCUACUCAAGAGCUCAAGUUCGCUUCUGGGUCAGCUUCAUCCGAGAUCAGCUUUAUAAGACUAUGUUUGCAGUAAUCCAGACCCAAGGAGAAGAACAAGAGAAAGCUGUUGAGGAGUUAUUGGAGAAACUUGGAGUUCUUGAGGAUGGAUUGAAAGAGUUUUUCCCAAAUAUUGGCAACUUAUCGUUUGGAAAUGGCGAUAUGGGAUUGCUUGAUAUUGCAAUGGGUGUAGUAUUUGGUCCUUACAGGGUUCAAGAACAAGUGGCUGGUGUCAAAAUAAUAGAUCCUGAUAAAACUCCAUUGAUAUUUUCUUGGCUGAAUGCUAUAAGCAAGCACCCUGUGGUAGUUGAUUCAACUCCUCCCCUUGACAAGAUGGUGGCAAUGCUCAAGAUUUUCAGGCAAAAUGCUCUUAGCUCUUCAGCAACUUGAGCUUAAUCAUGGUGUUAUUUUAUGCUUGAACAUGAUCAUAUCGACUUGGUUUCAUUAUAUAUAUUAUCAUGUAUUAAUAAGAGCAGAAAGUUCUCCCAGAA